AAUCUGCUCGUGUGAACGGUGUAGACUACGAUUCCCAGGGUCCUUAGCGCCGGGCCCAGGGCCAGCACCGGAAGCCGAUGUGGAGCUGGACCAGGUGACCCCAACAUGGCGGUACCCCAAACUUUCCCACUGGGGCCCAUCCAUGAGAACGCAGGGGCCCUGGAGGAGCCCAGGACCUGCUCUCGAAGCUUGGCUGAGGACUUCCUGGAGGAGGAGCUUCGGCUCAAUGCUGAGCUAAACCAACUGCAGUUUCCAGAGCCUGUGAGCGUCAUCUACAACCCUGUGGAUUACGCGAGGGAGCCGCAUCGCAGCUACGUGACUCAAUACUGCCAGGGCCCCAAGGAGGUGCUCUUCCUGGGCAUGAACCCAGGACCUUUUGGCAUGGCCCAGACUGGGGUUCCCUUUGGGGAAGUGAACAUUGUCCGGGACUGGUUGCGCAUUGGGGGCCCUGUGCUGACCCCUCCCCAAGAGCACCCUAAGCGACCAGUGCUGGGUCUGGAGUGCCCACAGUCAGAGCGGGCGCAACCUCACCCCCACCGACCUGCCUGCGAAGCCCAGAGAGCAGCUCCUGGCGAUCUGCGACGCUGCCCUCCGCCGGCAGGUGCAGCUGCUGAAAGUGCGGCUGGUGGUAGGGGUGGGGCGCCUGGCGGAGCAGCGGGCACGCCGGGCCCUGGCAGGCCUCACACCGGAAGUUCGCGUGGAGGGGCUCCUGCAUCCCUCUCCCCGGAGCCCACAGGCCAACAAAGGCUGGGAGGCAGCAGCCAGGGAAAGACUCAGCGAGUUGGGGCUGCUGCCUCUGCUGACAGAAUGAGUGCCCAGGCCUGGCAUUCCUUACCUAGGAGGCCCCGGUCAGCGUUGCACAGUGGCUGGCAGCGCACAGUAACUAGUUUUCCUGGGCUCCCUGCUGCCAGGAGACUUGUUCUCAGGUCUGUUGGGCUGUUCUCUAAUGGGCCAGGACAUCUUCCAUUUCCAGGUGGGCUGCUCUCCGCUGCUCCUGUCUGCUCCCUGCUUCCUCAACCUUCCCUGGCCACUGCCCUUUGUCUGAUGCCAGGGUCUAGUUGCGCAUGGCGUCAGCAGAGGUGGCUUGUGCAGACUGCCCUGCUCCUUAGGAGCCUCUGUGUAUGGAGAGGUGUCUGAAUACAUAUUUAUUGCUUCAGAGGAAGAUUUUUUUAAAAAAUCUUUUUAAAAAGAUUUAAAGUGGAGUCUCACCCUAGCCUAGGCUGACCUGAAAUUCACUAUUUAGUCUCAGGCUGGCCUCGAACUCCCAG